AGAUAAUAAUAAUAAUAAUAAUGAAAUGAAAUGGUGUAGCCAAAAACCCCCCUGGGUGAAAUUUUGCUCCCUCAAUUGAACAGUGAGGAAAGAGAGGCAGAGAGAAAAUGAGAGAGAGUGGAAGAGCACUAACAACUAAUCAGCAGUAGCCAGUAAGGCCAUGAAAAGAAGAGUCCCCACUAAACCCCUUUGAUUCCAGCUGUGAGUCUUCUUCUUCUUCUUCUGAUUAUUUCUUCCACCCUCUUACUCAAAGUUGCAAACUUGAUGCUCCUCUUUCGGGUACCACAGAGCUGUGAAUAAGAGAUCUAUAGAUAAAAACAAAGCCAAUCCAAUUCUUACCUCAUUCAAUGAUUCCCUUUUGCCCGCAGCUGAAUUGAACAAGAGAGAAAUGGAGGAGGUCCAGGAGGAGAAGGACCACUACAUUUGGCUUUCUUGACUCAAGUCUUACUACCCAUAAACUCCAGACGUGGGUGGAUUGAAAAUGCCUGUAGAUUGCAAGCUGUCUAUCUUUAGGACCUCUUUACCUGCCCAUUGGAAGAUGGGGAAGCAGAAUGAGUCGUCUUUUCAUGGGUUGCAUUCUGAGUGGAAGAGCUGGAGAAAACUUCUCGUUCUGCUGUGUAUAUUGGGUGGUUUGGCUGUUGGGAGCAUUAGGUUUCCGCUGAACUUCGAUGGGAAAGACAGGGUUUCAGAUUCUUGUGAAGGAGAAUUAGUUCGUCACUUCAAUGUUUCCAAGAGCCAGCUCCAUGCACUUGCUUCCCUGUACUCUGACUCGGAGAAGAUAGCUUCACUUGAAUGUACCAAGGAACUGGGACCUGGACCUUCAACAACCGAUCGAAUUUCUUGUGCGAUGAAGUUGAUGUGCUCGAAGAAGCAGGAGUUGAUGGAUGAGGAUGAGACUGCUCUUCAGAACUCAAUUUCAGAUGCAUCUUCGGCAUUGGUUUCAAUGCUUGUAGAUAACACUUUGCAAACAAGCGCCUCUGUUGUAUAUGCUUAUGCUUCUGGUAUGAUGGAAAGAUGUUGGUGGAUGCAAGCUAGCAAAGAAUUCCCCUCUGUUGUAUAUGGUUAUGUUUUUGGCACAAUGAAAAGAUGUUGGUGGAUCCUAGCUGGCGUGGGCUGCCUGUGCCUUAGUGUCAAUCUGAUACCUCUCACCACUUGGUGGAAGAAGCAGUUUCUUACGGUGUUUUUUUGUGGUGGUAUUGCAUUGUCAUUUUAUACCUUCUGGAGUGGGUCUCGGGAGUUUCACUCAAGGAGAGAAGAGACCCUCGCUAGCAUGUGUGACGAGAGAGCACGAAUGCUGCAGGACCAGUUCAAUGUGAGCAUGAACCAUGUUCAUGCCUUGGCCAUUCUUGUAUCUACCUUCCACCAUGGCAAAAAUCCUUCAGCUAUUGAUCAGAAAACAUUUGGUGAGUACGCUGAGAGAACGUCUUUUGAGAGGCCACUCACUAGUGGGGUUGCAUAUGCUUUAAAAGUGGUUCAUUCGGAGAGGGAGCAGUUUGAGAAACAGCACGGUUGGAGGAUAAAGAAAAUGGAAUCGGAUGACCAGGCGCUGGUUCAGGAUUGCAUCCCAGAGAAGCUUGAUCCUGCACCCGUUCAAGACGAAUAUGCACCUGUCAUAUUUUCUCAAGAAUCUGUGGCACAUAUUGUCUCCAUUGACAUGAUGUCAGGAAAGGAAGACCGUGAGAACAUAUUGCGAGCAAGAGCAUCUGGGAAGGGAGUGCUUACAUCUCCUUUUAAGCUCUUGAAAUCAAAUAACUUGGGAGUUGUACUGACAUUUGCUGUAUAUAAUGUUCCUCUUUCUCCACAUGCCACGUCGGAGCAACGAAUUGAAGCUACUGUGGGGUACCUUGGGGCUUCUUAUGAUGUACCAUCUCUGGUGGAGAAGCUCCUGCACCAACUUGCCAGCAGGCAGACAAUUGUUGUAAAUGUUUAUGACACGACUAAUGCGUCUGCUCCCAUUCUUAUGUAUGGCACUGAUGUCGCUGAAGACAUGAGCCUAUUCCGAGCAAGCAACCUCGACUUUGGGGACCCAAUGAGGAAGCAUGAAAUGCACUGCAGGUUCAAGCAAAAACCUCCCGAGCCUACGUCAGCAAUUGAUUCGUCAACCGUAAUCCUUGCUAUUGUUCUACUUGUUUCAUAUAUAUGUAAUGCAGCCAUAAAUAAGAUUGAAAAGGUUGAGGAGGAAUUUCGUGAGAUGACACAACUCAAAGUUCGUGCAGAAGCGGCUGAUGUGGCAAAAUCUCAGUUCCUUGCAACCGUUUCACAUGAAAUCAGGACUCCGAUGAAUGGUGUUUUAGGCAUGUUGCAAAUGCUGAUGGAUACCGAGCUUAAUGACAAGCAAAUUGACUAUGCUGAGACUGCCCAUCGUAGUGGGACAGAACUAAUCUCUUUGAUCAAUGAGGUCCUUGAUCAUGCUAAGAUAGAAUCAGGGAGGCUAGAGUUGGAAGCUGUUCCUUUUGAACUGAGGCCUGUUCUUGACAAUGUUUUCUCUCUUUUCUCUGGAAAAUCCAGUGAAAAGGGAAUUGAGAAGUUGGCCAUUUAUGUCUCUGAUCAAGUGCCUCAAGUGGUCAUAGGCGAUCCUGGAAGGUUCAGGCAGAUUAUUACUAAUCUUGUUGGCAAUUCAGUCAAGUUUACACGUGACAAGGGGCACAUCUUUGUGUCAGUCCAUCUUGCUGAUGAAGUAACGAUAAGCCCAGUUGAGGUUCAAGAUCCAGUUCUGAAACUCAGUUUUGGCUUAGCUCAAGACACCUCAAGCAAGCCAUACAACACACUAAGCGGCUCUCUUGUGGUCAACAGAUGGAAAAGUUGGGAACAUUUCAAAAUUUUGGAUAGAGUGGAUAUCGGAGACUCAUCAACGAUUAGAUUGCUAGUUACAGUCGAGGAUACAGGUGUUGGUAUUCCAGUAGAUGCACAAAGCCGCAUUUUCACUCCUUUCAUGCAAGCUGACAGCUCGACUUCACGAAUGUAUGGUGGGACUGGAAUAGGAUUGAGUAUUAGCAAGCGUUUGGUUGAUCUCAUGGGAGGCGAGAUUGGUUUUGUUAGUGAAUGUGAUGUUGGAAGCACUUUCUCCUUCACUGUUUGUCUCAGAAAAGGGGAGUUGAGUUCCCUUGAUGCUAAGGGGCAACGUUGUGAUGCAACUCCUGUGGAGUUUAGAGGCUCAAAAGCUUUGGUGAUUGAUCAAAAAUGCAUACGAGCUGAGGUCACUCGAUAUCAUCUUGAGAGGCUGGGAAUAUCAGUGCACAUUGCUUCAACUUUGAAAGCUGCAUGCUGUUUUCUGUCUGGUGGUAUUACAUCAGGUGCAAGUGCUCCAGUUGGUCUAUCCAUGAUCCUGAUCGACAAAGAUGUUUGGGAUGAAGAAAAGGAUGUCGCGGUGCAUCGCUUUUUGAGGGACCCAAGUGGAAAUGGAAUUGUAGAGUUUGAAGCAGACCUUCCCAAAAUCAUUCUCUUGGCUACUGCAAUAGCUCCUGAUGAACGCCAUGAGCUAAAAUUAGCUGGCUUGAUAGAUGAUGUGCUUAUGAAGCCUCUUAGGCUAGGCGGUUUAAUGGUUUGCUUGCAAGAAGCCCUAGGAAGUGGUAAGAAGAGUCGAGUCAGAAAAAAGAAACCGACGAAUCUUCAGAAUCUGCUGAGAGGGAAGCAUAUCUUGGUGGUGGAUGACAAUGUUGUAAACAGGAGGGUGGCACAGGGUGCUCUAGAGAGGUAUGGAGCUAUAGUCACCUGUGUUUGCAGUGGGAGAGCUGCGGUAGAGUUGCUUGAACCACCACACAAAUUUGAUGCUUGCUUCAUGGACCGCCAUAUGCCCGAAAUGGACGGAUUUGAAGCUACAAGGCAUAUUCGAGCUAGGGAGACUCGGAUCAAUGAGCAACUCGCAUCUGGUGAAGUGUCAAUCGAGAAGUAUGGAAAUAAGCCAUGUUGGCAUACACCAAUAAUGGCGAUAACGGCUGAUGUGAUUCAGGCAACAAGUGAGGAGUGUAGAAAGUGCGGGAUGGAUGAUUUUGUUGCAAAGCCAUUUAAAGAGGAACAAUUGUACAAUGCAGUGGCCCGUUUCUUCGAGUCUAGUGGCCAGAGUGGUUGA